GAAGUCAAUCAUAGAACAGCCAUGUCUGGGAAGACACUUAAAGGGGAUUUAAGACCGCUAUUCUGAGCAUAGGGAUAAAUAUACAAAUAGACCAGAUCUUUUGUGGGAUUUGGGAAAUAAUAAUAAUGCAAAUAAUUCUGUUUUGUUUUCUUGACGUUGUGUCAGAUUCCAAUGACAAAGUUGUGUCCUUUUUGUUAAAUACCGGGAUCUAAAUACAGCUGUGCCAAAAAAUCUCAGACUUUAUUGGAUUGCUGUGCUCGGACAAUUGCUGGUUAUUCCUAUCUGCUCUUUAUUAUUUCAGAGUUGUGUUUUAUUUCGGGGGGAAACGUAUAUUCAUGAAAUCUGAGCAUGUCAGGAAAACACUACAAAGGCCAUGAAGUCAGUUGCUGCAUCAAGUACUUUAUAUUUGGAUUCAACAUUCUUUUUUGGUUGCUUGGAGUAGCCUUCCUUGGAAUUGGACUGUGGGCAUGGAGUGAAAAGGGUGUGCUGUCCAACAUCUCCUCCAUCACAGACAUGGGUGGCUUUGACCCGGUAUGGCUCUUUAUCGUGGUCGGGGGGGUGAUGUUCAUCCUGGGCUUUGCCGGCUGCAUCGGGGCCCUGAGAGAAAACACAUUUCUACUCAAGUUUUUCUCCGUUUUCUUGGGGAUUAUUUUCUUCCUGGAGCUGACUGCAGGGGUCCUGGCUUUUGUGUUCAAAGACUGGAUUAAAGAUCAACUCAACUUCUUCAUAAACAACAACAUCAGGGCAUACCGUGAUGAUAUUGACCUACAGAACCUCAUUGAUUUCACCCAGGAAUACUGGGAGUGCUGUGGUGCAUUUGGAGCCGACGACUGGAAUCUGAACAUUUACUUCAACUGCACAGAUAGCAAUGCCAGCCGAGAGCGAUGCGGCGUGCCAUUCUCCUGCUGCACCAAAGACCCUGCAGAGGAUGUAAUAAACACCCAGUGUGGCUAUGAUGUAAGGGCAAAAGUGGAAUCUGAACAACAAAACUUUAUCUACAUCAAGGGCUGUGUACCACAGUUUGAGAAGUGGCUGCAAGACAAUUUAACAAUAGUAGCAGGGAUCUUUAUUGGAGUUGCAUUAUUACAGAUUUUUGGGAUCUGCUUGGCACAGAAUCUAGUGAGCGACAUUGAGGCUGUGAGGACCAGCUGCUUAUUCACCUGACGCAGAAUCCCACCAUGACCCUUGAUAACGUAGGUCUCUUCAAGCAUGACAAGGUUUUCCAGGCCAUAGAACUGUCAAGUUCCACAAAUUUAAAACUGUACAAAGGAGAAUCUGCACUAUUGUUUUAUUAUAUGUAUAUAUACUUUUGUAGAAGUUACAUGAUGCCAAUUUUUGAUGAACUUAUGGCAGCGUCAAACACAUUCUGUAACCAGUGUAAAAAAAAAAAAGAAAAAAAGGUCUGUACAUGCACUGCAUGCCUAAAAAACCUUGCAUUUUCAAAGCAUUUAUAUUUAUCAAGUACAUGGUUUACUUCCCUUGCUUUUUAUCUUACGUAAGUGAGUUUCCACUGGUUUUAUGAAGUACACUGAAUCUUUAUGCUUUCAAGAAGUAAAAUGUAAUCUUAUGUGACAAGUCACAUGUAGAUCGAACCUUGUAUUUGAUUUAGUUUCAGCAACAUUACUUCACCAGCAAGACAGCAUAGUACAGCUAUUUUUAACCCAGGGCACCUGUAGUACUCUCUUUAGCUGCUGCAUUACAAACCUUCGCAUGCUUGGGGCUGAAGAGCUUCAGCAUUCUCUUUUGUCUGCCUUCCUUGGUCACACCUCUGGCAUUUUGUAGUCUGGCCUGGCUUUGCAGUUUAGGUCCUCCAUAAAAUAGAUGCCUGGCCCAGCAACUGAACAGCAUGUUUUUCAUUUAUUGGCAAACUAAACUGCAACAUUUUCUUUCCUGUGGGGUCCUAAUUUUAUCUUAACAUUUGCAAAUGUGAAGGUCAACAGAAGAUGAUAAACACCUUUUAACAAAUAAAGCAGUGUUCUGUGAGGCCUAUGAGGAGAAUCUCACCUGAAGCAUGGCAGCACCAUGCCCGACUGCUGCCCUUCAAGAAGAAAAGUAAACUGAAGCCCUAAAAGCAAAACCCGUCAACAUUAAGUAUACCUACAUCUCAAAGGAUAACUAAAGGGUAUAUUCUUUAGGUUAAAAUUGAACCAUUUGAACAUGUGGGAACUAGAAUGAUACAUUAACUUUAAAUAUGCUCCCGAAACAGGGAAGACAAUGUAAGUGAUGCUGUAAUCACAAGGUACCUCUAGGAGAUAAUGUGUAGUUGUGUAUUGAGGAAGGCAAAGUUAUGUUUUACUUGAGAAUAGGUUGCCAUUGUGUUAAGCAAACUGUAUAUGUUUUGUUUUUUUUUUCUUGUUAUGCAGUAUAAUGUGUUCCCUUAUGUAAAUCCUCUUUUAUAUAUGCAGGUUUUGAUGGCUAAUAAAACAUGUUUUAUUAAAACAAAAGUGGUGUGGCAGUGGAAUGUACUGUUUUAUUUGUGAUCAUGAUCUGAUUUAAUGUUUAAAACUGUAACUUCUGGUUGACUGCAUUUUGAUUUCAAGUAAAUUCAAUAACCGUGCAAUGACAAGCAAUCAGUGGUAGUCAGAUGUAUGUACAGACGUGCUCAAAUUAAAAGCUAUUUUAUCAUGUAUACUUGCAUGCCUUUGGUAUGUCAUAGAAUAAAGCAAAGAAGCUGUGAAAAGAGAUGAAUUAUUGCUUAUUCUACAAAGAUAUUCUAAAAUGGCCUGGACACAUUUGUUGGUACCCCUUAGAAAAGAUAAUAAAUAAUUGGAUUCUAGUGAUAUUUCAAACUAAUUAGUUUCUUUAAGUAGUAUCACACAUGUCUCCAAUCUUGUAAUCAGUCAUUCAGCCUAUUUAAAUGGAGAAAAGUAGUCGCUGUGCUGUUUGGUAUUAUUGUGUGCACCACACUGAACAUGGACCAGAGAAAGCAAAGGAGAGAGUUGUCUGAGGAGAUCAGAAAGAAAAUAAUAGACAAGCAUGGUAAAGGUAAAGGCCACAAGACCAUCUCCAAGCAGCUUGAUGUUCCUGUGACAACAGCAAAUAUUAUUAAGAAGUUUAAGGUCCAUGGAACUGUAGCCAACCUUCUGAGUCCUGAUCUGAAUCCUAUCGAACAUCUAUGGAAAGAGCUAAAACUUGCAGUCUGGAGAAGGCACCCAUCAAACCUGAGACAGCUGGAGCAGUUUGCUCAGGAAGAGUGGGCCAAACUACCUGUUAACAGGUGCAGAAGUCUCAUUGAGAGCUACAGAAAACGUUUGAUUGCAGUGAUUGCCUCUAAAGGUUGUGCAACAAAAUAUUAGGUUAGCGGUCAUUUUUGUCCAUGCCAUUUUCAUUUGUUUUCUUAUUUACAAUAUUAUGUUGAAUAAAAAAUCAAAAGCAAAGUCUGAUUUCUAUUAAAUAUGGAAUAAACAAUGGUGGAUGCCAA